CCGGAAGUUUUCGCGGGGUGUGUCUGUCUUGUGUCUUGCUUCGUGGCAUUCCCCACCUGCUUGGCUUUCACCGGGGACUUUGAUUGAAAUAUAUUGCAGCCCAGUACAUUCUUACUGUCGUUGAAAGGAUCGGUGACUUAGAAAGAUGAAGGCUUUAAUCCUAGUGGGUGGUUACGGGACAAGGUUGCGUCCGUUGACACUGAGUAUCCCAAAGCCGCUUGUUGAAUUUGGGAACAAACCCAUGCUUUUGCAUCAACUUGAAGCUCUGGUUGAUGCUGGUGUGACCCACAUUGUCUUAGCAGUGAGUUACAGAGCAGAGCAAAUGGAGAAAGAGUUAGAAAGUGUUCAAAAACAGCUUGGUGUGAAGAUCUCCAUAUCCUUGGAGGAUGAGCCCCUUGGAACAGCUGGUCCUUUGGCCCUGGCCAGGGAUAUUCUCAGUGCUGACGAUGAUCCUUUCUUUGUGCUUAACAGCGACAUCAUCUGUGAUUUUCCAUUCAAAGACAUGGUUCUCUUUCACAAAAACCAUGGUCGAGAAGGAACCAUUGUUGUAACAAAAGUUGAUGAGCCUUCCAAAUAUGGUGUAGUGGUUUAUGAUGCAGAGAACGGACAGAUCCAGAGAUUUGUUGAAAAGCCUCAGGAGUAUGUCUCAAACAAAAUCAAUGCUGGCAUGUACAUAUUCAGUCCAUCCAUACUGAAAAGGAUAAAGCUCCAACCAACGUCCAUUGAGAAGGAAGUUUUCCCUUUCAUGGCUGGAGAAAGCCAGCUGUUUGCAAUGGAAUUGCAAGGUUUCUGGAUGGACGUUGGGCAGCCUAAAGAUUUCCUGACGGGAAUGUGCUUGUAUUUGACUUCCUUGAAACAGAGACAACCUGAAAAAUUGCACCAAGGCCCAGGAAUUGUGGGAAAUGUUUUGAUAGAUCCCAGUGCUAAAAUUGGCAACAACUGUAGAAUAGGGCCCAAUGUCACUGUUGGCCCAAAUGUGGUCAUUGAGGAUGGAGUGUGCAUCAAGCGCUGCACAGUUUUGAAAGAAGCACAUAUCAAGUCUCACUCAUGGUUGGAGUCAUGUAUUAUAGGCUGGAAGUGUGUAGUUGGGAACUGGGUACGUAUGGAAAAUGUGACAGUACUUGGAGAAGACGUCAUCGUAAAGGAUGAACUUUACAUCAAUGGUGGUCGAAUUUUGCCACACAAGUCUAUAGGAGAAUCCGUCCCAGACCCACAGAUCAUCAUGUAAUCGGUGUCGCCCAACCAUAUGCUCAGAAAUUCCUCUUGAAAUUCUCAUGUUUUUGUUGUUAAGUGUUUGCAGCUUGCCAUUGAAGUUCUAAAGGGAGGCUAAAUGCCAUUUUACCAAAAAUAUUUGAUGAUUUCAUCGGAAUCACCAGUGCAUAUUUGAUCAAAUGAAGUUCGAGCACUGAAGAGAAACUGGGACUGGAAGAAAAAUUAUAGGCAAUUUUAUCUCCCUACUCUAGUUCUAACUCUUGAUUAACUCCAGAUUUUUCCAGGUCUUUCUGUAAAUCCUUCCAGUGGCACGUAGCCUCUCUUUAAAGCUUUCCUCUUCAGUUGUCUAUCUCAUUGUCUUACCACAGGUUUUUACCUCGGAGAACUUUGAACACUUAACUCUUUUCACAUCAUAAUUAUCUAACUACUUAAAAGAGACAGUGUAAGGAGAAAACUUAUACAUAGAAAAUGAAUAGGGCCUACCUAAUUUUGGUCUUUCCAAAGGAAUGAAGCUUAAAAUGUUCAGAUACUUUGGGGUUUCAAUGUGAUUGAUGAAGAGAUAUUAUUGUUGAUAGAGCCAAGUUAAAUCUCAGCAAAGGUUCACUAAUCCUCAUAAUUUUAGUUUGACUUUCUGCCAUUACUAAGUAGAUCUGACUGUUGCCGAUAGGUGUAAUGCCAUUGUGUCCCUCAUAUUCAUAGAUGUAUGUAAUGAAAAAUAUCAAAGUAACUCGCAUUAAGUCUUCCAGGUGCAAUGAUCUGUGUUUUGACAUUAUUGCUUCCAUCAGCUUUUUAUUUUGACGGACAAUGCUUUGUUAUGAGAGACUUCAGUCGGUGGGCCAGAAUUUACUAUAUUAACUGGGAAAGAAUAAAUCAAAAUCAUCUUUAAGAAAUUUUGGAUUCAUUAUGAAAGUUAUUUGUGUUGGAACUAAAUUUAAGAAAUUUAUUUUUGUGCAUCGUUUGUGGGGUGUUUUUUUUAGUAAGUUAAUAUUUUUUGUAAGGAAGUUGUGAAUUUCUUAAGUAUUUAACAAUGAAUGUUUUGAUUUGAAAAAAAUGUGUACAUUAUCUAUUUUUACAAUGUUUUAGGCUUAUAAAAAUGUUUCCAGUGGUGUCAAUGUGAUUGGGAUGGGGGGGGGGUUGGGGUAUGCACGUUUUAAGGUGUUAUAAAAGUAUUUGCCAUCUCAAGAAUUCUAUUGCGUUGAAGUGCUGCUUUAUAACAAAAGUGCCUCUUCACAUCUUCCAUCGUUUGAAGUUCAUAUGGAGUGAAGAAAAUAAGUUGUGUGUUUCGUUUUCUUUUUUUUUUUAAUUUAUAGUAUGGAGGAUCAAAUGUACUAAGGAAGAGAGGGCAUGCUUUAAUUUAAAAUGAUUUUUAUUUCUUGCUAUGCAAGUGAAAGUGAGGUUAUUAUUGGUUUUUGUGCUCAAUCAUUACUUCUUACACAAGUGUGUAAACUUCUUCCUCAUUACUUUAACCAUGUUUUUCCAUAUGGGAAACUUGUUUAGAAAGUGUUAAUUACCUUUAUUGUUACAUCAAUUUUGCAUUUUUAUCAGCACUGUGUCUACAAUGUGAGUGUCUGAUUUGAGGGAUUUUUUGGUUUAAUUUCCGUGUCCAACCCACCACUUUUCAACAUUUCUGAGGAAAGCAUUUGAUUGAGGUUUUUCCUCUUCAGUUUUGUUCUUCAAUUUCAAUUUUCAUGCGAGUCGCUCGUGUAUGUUUCACAACCUUUUGACCUAUUCAGCAUGGGGUGAUUUUAAAAAUCAUUUUAUCUUUUGAGUGACCAUCUUGAGUUCAGCGUUUUGCUUGUUUUUAAUUUUGUGCAUUGUGAAGCCAUGUUAUGCUGUAUAGGAAAAAAAAUGUCCACUUAUAUUUUUUUUGUUAUUCAACUAUGAUUGAAGUAGCCUACUAACAAAUUUAGUGACUUUAUUAUGAAGAGGGAAUUUAAGAGGGACAUGUACAUUGUAUUAAAGUCAUGGUCAACAUUUAUUGUGGGAUAAUUUAUGGAUGCAUGUAAAGAAUGUCUUUAUAAAUUGUAACGAAGUCUGGAUGUAAUUGCACUACUGUAGAAAUUGUCCACAGCGGCCACCCAUUGUCAAGGAAAGAUGUGGUUCUCUUAGACAGGUGGAAGUCUUGGACAGUGUCAUUGUAAUGUUAUGAAACAACGCAAGAGGGGAAAUGGGAAGUGGUUGUUUGCACGGAAGUGAUUGUUUUGGACAGGGUGGUUGUUAGUGUCAGAGCAGGUUGAACUGUAUUGUUUUGAAAGGAUGGAGGAGUUGAAAGAAAAGGCAGAGCUAAGACUGAGAGAGUGGCAUUUUCAUGUUUAGACAGAGAUGAGUUUAAAAUAUAGGGAAAAUUUUGUCGUCAUGUCAGCUUUUGUCUCUUUGAAGAUAACAUUUCAAAUUCAAAAGCCUUUUGGGGUUUCAGUUCAACGUGUUUUGAAGUAUUUCUAUGGAGAAAGACAUUCCAUUCACUUGGGCACAUUCUUACAUUGCCAGUCUGCUGUCAUUUUUCAGCAUGACUGCUCUUUUGUUUGUUGAGAUGUGUGUGCAUGAAUUUUAUUGCAUACUUUGUGUGGAUAAAAUCAAAAUCUAGCCGAAGAAAGCGUGUGACUACCUCUCCUCAUUCACCAUAAACCCUGUGUGUUCUUGCAAAUGAAAAAUCCAUUUUGCUAAGUCAUAAUUAUGUGGUAGAAAGUUUUAGUGCGUGUAUUUUUAUAUAUGGGUCAAGCUGAUUGUUCGAGAUUGAGUUCAGCUCUUAGGAAAAAAUUCUUAGGUUUUCAUUUCAGGAGCAAGGCACUCCACUCUUGAUCUUAUUCUAUAACAAAUCCAAAAUCCAGAAUGCCAGGAAAGUUGAGUGAGUGCCCACCCGUGAUUGUUGUGAUAGAGAAUAUAUGAUUCAUGUGAUGUAAGCUGUUGUGUGUUGAAUACAUUUUUCCAAAUCCAUUGAAAUGGUUCAGGAAUUACCUGUUGUGUUGUUGUAGGUGAAGACAGCGUUUGUUUGAAUCAAGAUAGGGUACGUACAUAUAUAUAUAUAUAUAUUGGUUUUUAAAAGUUAUUAUGCCAGGGUCCUUUUAAAGACUCAAAUGCUGUUCAGUUGUGACGAAUAAGCAGCGGUGUAAAUAAGUUGUCAUUUUAUAUAAUUUUCAGAGUGAAUUUUAAAACCCAUGUCUGAUGAGACAUUUUUGGGGAAUUAUUUUUUGUAAUGGUCAAGCGUACACAGAACCUUAUACUAUACUACAUACUACAGACACAUGACAUUUAGAGGGAAUAAUUAACAAAAUGUCAAAGGGCCUUUUAUUUGUGUAUUCUUUGAUUAGUGAGAUCUGUACAUGUACUUACUGAAAAUUUAAAAAAUGUAGUGUUCUUUCUAAGAAAAAGCCCCAAUACAAUUGGAUGCACAACAUCAGGAAGCCGAUUGGUUCAUUAUAUCUUACUUUACUACCUUAUAGAUUUACCUGUGCAUUUAUUUGUGGCUUAUAAAGUAACUCAUCCUUUCUGCAGGGCUUCUUUCUCUGUGUUAAUGUGCUGGCAGUCAUACUACUAGAAAAAUAUGAUUGCAUGAACUUUGAAUUUUAUUUUGUGACACCUAAUAGUAAUAAUACUUGAGGGUCAGUGUGAUAUGGGUUUAAGUAUUAUUUGCAUUUGUCACAAUUUCUGUUUCGAUCAAUAUUUUAGUUUUGGAAAACUAAUUGUACCAUUACCCAGUGUGUUGAUUUUCAUAGCAGUUCUCCAAGACCCUGUUAUGGUGGCUGAACUUUUUUUUUUCAAAAUCUCUUUUUUCAUUGUUUUUGUGUCAGUAAAAAAAUGUUAUGAAAAUGUGUAGAUAUCUAGAUUUAAAAUAGAGCAACAUUUGCAGAGAUUAAGGUGACAACUUUUAAGAAUUCUUAAAGUAGUAAAAGUUCAAGUUCAAAGGCACAUUUAGAGACAUUUCUGUGGUCUUCAGUUGAAUGUAACUCAUAACAUAUGCAUUCAUUUUUGCAGUUUGUUGAAAGUGAAAUUUGGAAACGUUUUAUUUCAGUUUUAUCACCAUGAAAUGGUUGGUUCAUAAAUUUGCCAUAUAUUUUUUUACAAAUUGUGGUAUGUUCUUUGUGAGAAAGGUUUUUGAGUCAUAUCUACAUGACUAUGUGUAUGUAAUUUAUCAUUUAUUGUCAGUAUGACAAUGAUGUGUGUCUGUGCCAAACUGUUUCAAAUUCGUGUAUAUAAAAGUAUGAUUUAUUUUGUUCCAUGAAAUUGAAUUGAAAAUAUACUUGUUCGUAUGUGGAAUGCUUUUUGAUAGCAAUUUUCAAGUUUCAGUCUCUGCUUUUAUUUUUGAGUAUCAUUGACCACUGAAAAGGUUGUUUUAAAAAUGUUACAAACUUCAAAAGACGCGGCAUGUUUCCAUUUGGUUAAUAUGGGCAGUGCCAUAAACGUCUGCGUGCUCUUGCUUUGAGUUAAGUGCACUGUCAUACCCAGCAAUAUAAUUUCAACCAUCGUGUACUGACUACAGUUGAAGUUCAUGUAGUAUAAUAAUUUCAAUUUCAACCGUUGCAUUGUGACCGCAAUUGAAGUUCAUGUAGUGUUAUUUCAGUUUCAACCUCUGCAUCCUAACACUGAAUGCUAGUCUGAUACAUUUAGGGUGCAAUAGAAAUAUUUUCCAAACUUUUAUGUUUUCUCAAAAAGAAAUUUUCCAACUAUCAACUUUGUAACUUAAUAAUCCCCAAAAAUCAUUUGACCAAUUUUCAACCUUUUCUACACAUUUAAUAUGCAUGGUCAGUCAGAAGACGCACCUAAAAAAAAAUCAAGUCAUACUUAAUCAGAUUUGCAGACUGCAACUGCAUGUUUUAAGACUUCUUUGGUUUCAUUUUGAUUUCAAUCUGUAAAUAAAGAGACUAGCAAAAGGUUAACGUACGGUUGAAAUGAUUGUGGGAUGAAAUAUCAAUAAAAUUUAUUAAUUUGGUAGUCUUUCUCUUG